CUUACCCAUAGAUAAGUUUGUCUAUGGUCUUACCCACAUACAAUAUCUAACCUACAAGCUAAAAGCAUUUGUUCCAAAUAAAGUUCGUCGUGAAUAGAUUCAAUAAUUUUUCUUAUUGUUAUAUUUUCAUCAUGGGAAAGCUUAAGAGAUACUUCCCAGAUAACGAUAGCGGUACAAAUCAAGAUGUAGUCGUUCACAAGGCAAAUUUGAAUAAAAUUCAUGUCCAAAAAAAUAAAUUUAAGUCUAAUGCAAGAAGUUCGAAUGAAACAAAAAAGAAACCUAAUCCAAACCCAAAAUAUAAAGGGCGUAUCCCUAUUCCAGAUGCAGUGUUGAAAAAAUAUGAUAAAGGAGAAGGAGUUGAUCAAUCCAGCAUCAAAACUAAGGUACAUAGGAAUAAAAUUGAACGCAAGGAGCAGAAUAUAAAAUUUGCCACUGAAUUGGCAGCAAGAACAGAAAUAUUGUUAACAGAACAAGCAGGAUAUCUGGAAGUGGAUCCUGGCGAAACCACAGCACUUAUUUCACAGAAGCAAAUAGCAGAAAAUGUUGAUAUUACAUCUCAAUGCAAACAAUUUGAUCUCAAAUUGCAAUUUGGACCUUAUAGAGCUAAGUAUACCAGAAAUGGGAGACAUUUACUUUUGGGAGGCAGAAAAGGACAUGUGGCUGCAUUUGAUUGGGUCACUAAGAAAUUACACUGUGAGCUCAAUGUCAUGGAAUCUGUUCAUGAUGUAUGUUUUCUGCACAUAGAAACCAUGUUUGCUGUUGCUCAGAAAAAUUGGGUAUAUAUUUAUGAUAAUCAGGGAGUAGAGCUACACUGUAUCAAGAGGUUGAAUAAAGUUUCUAGAAUGGAGUUUCUACCAUAUCACUUCCUAUUAGCUACUUGUAGUGAUGAGGGAUAUCUCAGCUGGUUAGAUGUUUCGAUGGGAACAUUAGUUAAUCAGUUCAAUUCAAAUUUAGGAAAAUUGUCUGUUAUGACUCAAAAUCCUUGGAAUGCUGUUCUCUGUGUAGGACAUUCAAAAGGAGUAGUUUCUAUGUGGUCCCCUAACUCAAGAGAACCUCUUGCCAAAAUAUUGUGUCAUGGAUCUCCAAUUUUAGGAUUAGAUGUAGAUCCUAGAGGAAGGUACAUGGCAACAUCAGAUAGUAAUCGUGAAUUGAAAUUAUGGGAUAUCAGGCAGUUGAAGGGACCAAUCCGUAAAACAUAUAGACUAUCAUCGUGUGCUACCAACUUAGCAUUUUCCCAAACCGACAUGUUGGCUCUUGGUAUGGGAAAUUUUGUUGAAAUAUAUAGGAAUUUUACUGACUUGAAUAUAUACAUGAAAAACCAAUUCAAUUUUCCCGUGGGAAAUAUAUCAUUUUGUCCUUACGAAGAUGUUCUCGGGGUUACAACUACAAAAGGUUUUUCAAGUAUGCUUAUUCCUGGGUCUGGAGAAGCCAACUUUGAUGCAUUCGAGGCCAAUCCCUUCCAAAGUAAAUCGCAGAGAAGAGAAGCAGAAGUUAAAGCACUGCUUGAGAAAAUUCAACCUGAACUAAUUACAUUGGAUCCUACUGUUAUCAGUGAAAUUAAUGUCCCAACAUUAAAGGAGAAGAUAGAAGAAAGGUCAAAACUUUUGUUCAUUAAACCUCCAGUUGUAGAAUAUGAACCUAGAAGAAAGGCAAGAGGAAAGGGCGGUAGCGCCAAAAUUGCGCAAAACAAAAAAAUCAUAAAGGAACAGGCCAUGAAGGAUUUCAUUAAAGAGAGGAAGAACAGUGUUACCAUAUUAAAAAAAGGAAAAAAGAAAGUGGAUAUUUUGGAUCGAUUUUGAUCAAAUUAAUAUAAUGUGUUAACUUAUUGGUCAUUUUUGGAGAUUUUGUAUAUAGUGUAUAUAAAAUGAUGAUUUUAA